CGUCAUUCCUUCGCCCGAGCUUGGCCCGUCCAGUUCGCUGUUUCUGCGUGGUCCGCGGUUUUUCGCGAGUUUUUUCUUUCUUUUUUUCUCCGUUUUGCUUGGCCACCGUGGAAGAAUUGUUACGCCGCGGAUUUAUUGUAAUCGAUUCCUGCCGAUUGCACAAUGUGCGGCAGUGGUGUUCUGUAAACAAAAGCAGUGCAGUGAUUGACGGCUGAAACAAAGCACAAUUUUAUUAUCAGUGGGAGGUGUAAACAAAAACGCGAAAACAGUGGGUGGCGUAGCGCUAGCGCGCCACUCAAAUUAAACGAGAGAAGCCUCAUCCACGUCAGCGUCCAGAGCGCCACGCCAUGAUAGCGGCCAACAACGUCCGCAGCACCAACAACGACCCGGUCGAGUCGUCGGAAUCUUCGCCGAUUACGGGCACGACCGCCAACGGCCAUGGCUCGUCGCGGCUAAUUCGCCAGUUUGGCAGCCUGUUUCAGUCGGCGGCGGGGGCGUCCUCGGCCCAGAAUGCCGACCCGGCCGGGUACGUCGAGUUUGGGAGCAUCUCCGAUCCGGAGACGCAGUCCGGUCGGACGCUUGGGACCUUCGCGGGGGUGUUUUGCCCGGUGGCGCUGUCCAUGUUUAGUGCGCUGGUUUUCAUCCGAGUUGGAUUCAUCGUCGGCAAUGCCGGGCUGUACGUCACGCUGCUGCAAUUUGUGAUUGCUUAUGUAAUUUUGCUGUUUACUGUUUCGUCCGUGUGCGCCAUCUCGACGAACGGAGCCGUCGAGGGAGGAGGAGUGUACUUCAUGAUCAGCCGCACGCUCGGGCCCGAAUUCGGCGGCUCGAUCGGGACGCUCUUCUUCCUGGCGAACGUGGUCGGCUGUGGCCUAGCCAUUUCCGGCUGCGCCGAGGGCAUCAUCCAGAAUUUUGGCCCGUCGGAAGCGGGCGCCGAGGGUGGUUCCAUCCCGGAUGGGCGCUGGUGGCGCUUCCUGUACUGCAGCUCGAUCAACACGCUUAUGCUGCUGGUGGUGCUGAUCGGGGCGGAGAUGUUCGCCAAGACUUCGAUGCUGAUCUUGGGGGUGGUGGUUGUGUGCUUGGUGUCGACUUAUAUCAGUUUUUUGUCGAAGGGCCCGCUGGAUGUGGCCAUUCCGCUGGAGAACGAUUUGGUGCAGAACGCGACGUUUCGGGUGAACGGGAGCUACACCGGAUUGAGCAUGCGAACGCUGGCGGAGAACUUGGGCAGUCAUUACGGGCGGGAUUAUACGUCGCACGGGAAUGAGGUGAACUUUGCGGUGGUGUUUGGCGUGUUGUUUUCCGGGGUGACGGGGAUUAUGGCCGGGGCGAACAUGUCCGGGGAGUUGAAGAAUCCUUCGAGGAGCAUUCCGGCGGGGACGCUGUCGGCGGUGCUGUUUACGUUCCUGUGCUAUAUUGGGCUGUCGGUGCUGAUGGCGGCGACGACUUCGACGUUUUUGCUGCAGAACAAUUUCUUGUUUCUUGGGCCGGUGAAUUUGUGGCCGACGUUCGUGACGAUCGGCAUUUUGACGGCGACGUUUUCUACGGGGUUGAGCAAUUUGAUCGGAUCGAGUCGCGUGUUGGAAGCGCUGGCCAAGGAUAAGGUGUUUGGAUCGCUGCUGAACUUUGUGGUGAGAGGGACGUACAAGAGCAAUCCGAUCGCGGCGGUCAUCGGGAGUUGGGUGCUGGUUGAGGCGAUUUUACUGAUUGGUUCGCUGAACACGAUUGCCCAGAUCAACUCGGUGUUGUUCAUGCUGUCCUACUUGGCGACUAAUUUGGCCUGUUUGGGGAUCGAGAUCACGGGCGCGCCGAACUUCCGACCAACAUACAAGUACUUUACGUGGCACACGGCCUUCAUUGGGUUGGUCGGCACAGCCGUGAUGAUGUUCGUCAUCAACCCGAUCUACGCCUCGUCCAGCGUGAUCUUGUGUCUGCUGUUGGUGAUCGCGUUGCAUCUGUUUUCACCGGCCUCGCAAGGCGUCCAGUGGGGAUCGAUCUCGCAGGCGUUGAUGUUUCACCAGGUCCGGAAGUAUCUGCUGAUGUUGGACUCGCGCAAGGAUCACGUAAAGUUCUGGCGUCCACAGAUGUUGCUGCUCGUGUCGAGUCCGCGAUCGUGCUGCCCGUUGAUUCACUUCGUGAACGAUAUGAAAAAGGGUGGGUUGUACGUGAUUGGGCACGUCAAGCAGGGCGAGUUCUCGGAGAAUGACUCGUCGAACGAUCCCACGAUCGAGGAGUACACGCAGUGGCUGUCGCUGAUCGACCAUAUGAAGGUGAAGGCGUUCGUGGAGCUGACGCUGGCGAAGAGCGUGCGGGAAGGUAUUCAGCACUUGAUCCGGAUUUCUGGUAUGGGCGCCAUGAAGCCCAACACGAUCAUUUUGGGAUUCUACGACGAGGAGAUGUCCAAGGACUUCUUCGAGCAUGAAAACUCCCCCUACCGGACCGGCGAGUUUGACGACAACGGCAUCAAGCUGUUCCCGUACCGGCGUAACGACGAGCAAAAGUCUCUGCUGACCGUAGACUACGUCCAGAUCAUCGACGACGUGCUGCGCAUGAAGAAGAAUAUCUGUCUGUGUCGGCACUUCCACCGGCUGGACAAGCAGAUGAUCGCCAAGAGCAACCACAUCCACUACAUUGACGUGUGGCCGGUGAACAUCUUCGAGCCCAAGAACGAGGAUCCGUUCGACGUGGUGUCACUGUUCAUGAUGCAGCUGGCUUGUAUUAUUAACAUGCUUCCGGUUUGGAAGCGUCUCGAGCUGCGGGUGUUCCUCUGCGAGUCGGAAACGCAGGCGGAUGCGAGUCAUUUCCAAAUGAAUAGUACUCCCUUUGAGCGCCCAGCGGAGUACCGGUUGAAUCAGCUGCUGAAGUCCUUGCGCAUUUCCGCCUCAAUUCAUCAGAUCCCGGAAUGGAACAAGGAUAUGGACUUCCCGCGGCACCGCAACAUCCUAAAGCAGUUCACCAGCAAGAGUGACAGUAACCAGCUCAUGACGGAGGAGAACAUCAACCGGUCCAAGUUGUACAUGCAGAGGGUCAACCAAAUCAUCCGGGACAAGUCGAACGCGACGGCCGUGACGUUCAUGUACCUGCCGGCGCCGCCCAAGGUGGGCACGAUCGACUACAAGGAGCGCUGCCACCACUAUCUGGACCUGCUGACGGAGCUGACGUACGACCUGCCGCCGACGAUACUGGUGCACGGCAUCAACGCGGUCACCUCGACCACGCUGUAGAAAAGCUUCUCCAAACCUCCUCCAGUGAUGAGUUAGGUGUGACACUUUCCGCUAGAAUAGUAGUUACUAGAACUGUUCCCGCCCACCUAGCGAAAUUCUCUUCCAUUAACCUCUAGAGCUUCGCCGUAGGCACAUUACGGCGCGUUUAAUGAAUACGUUUUACGUAUGUAGCAAGCAUUUUUAUUAUUUAUUACAUGUUAAGUACACACAAUGAUUGUCACUUUUAUUUAACUCUUCUCUAAGCGUACUGUGCAACGUCUCAAUUCCUGGUGGGAACCAUUUAGCUGACCUCACAAAACACACUCCCGUUUUGAAUCGAUGGUGCAAUUAUGUGCUGUUGUCCAUUGUCGUUGAUUGGCAAAAUAAGUAUUAAAGAAAAAUCUAUAACAAAUAUCAUAAACUGAUUGUGAUUUACUCAAAAGCACUCGGCUGCAGAUAGCUGACACAUACAUGAUAUAUAUCUGAAAGUUUGAGAGAUAGUAUACUGAUGGAACUGAUAAUAAAUAAAUCUAUUAGAUGUCUAAUAUAUAUUUUAAUACAAACAUAA